AUGAUGUCCAGGAAGAAGAAGGUCGGGGAUGUGCUGAGCGAUCAGUGGGUGCUCCUAGCUCCAGAAACCUUAAAGGAUGAUGCAAAGAAGCCACGCAGUAAAACGUUAUUUGCAAAGCUGCGCAGUCCGUUGACAGAAAAAGGCAACAUGUACCUGUUUAUUAACUCUGGACAGCAGGUCUGUGAAGUGAAAGCUUUCCAAGAAGAAUAUCGAUCUUGGUUCAUAGGUCAGACAGUUCAACAAGAUGGCAGGUUGCUAUAUGCAACUCCAGUGGAUCCUCUGUUUUUGGUGAUCUACUACUUAAUAAAGGCAGACAAAGAGCAAGGAAAAUUUCAGCCAGUGGAACAGAUUGUGAUGGAUGAAGAGUUUCCAUCUUGUAACUUGUUGCUGCAGUGCACUCAAGUAGAGAAGUCCCUCCAUCAUGUGACAGAAGAAAAAGAAAUUGGCAGCAAGAAGUUUUUUAAAUACAACAAAGAAAAAACAUUAGCAUGGCUUAAGAAAAAGGUUGACCAGACUGUCAAAGUUUUAAAGAACAAUGAUGUGUGUGUGGGUGGAGGAGUCCAAUCUGCCAGCUUUGUUCGGAAUAAGCAGGGUUCUGAAGUAAAAGAAGAUGACUACCUCCGCUAUGCUCAUGGCCUCAUAUCAGAAUAUAUACCAGAAGAACUCCGCACUGAGCUUUCCCAGUAUCUAAACAUCCCAGAUAUCUCCAGUCCAACUCCUGAACCUCCUACAAAGAAAAGGAAAAUGUCUGAAAAACCUGUGGAAGCAGAAGAGGACUACACAAAAUUUAAUUCCAGUUCAACAAAAAAGGCCAAUAGCAAGAUGACUGCAGCCCAAAAAUCCUUGGCUAAAGUGGAUAAGACUGGGAUGAAAAACAUAUCUUCUUUUUUUAGUCCAAAAGGGAAGAGCACAAAAUAG